GGGGUAAAGGGAAAUAACUCUCAAGUACCUGUGAAAUGACGGGCGCAUCAUGAGGCGACAAGAUUUGUGCACAAGCAUAAUUCUUACCAGCUUUCUUACAGUUGUUCUCUGCGGCGAACCGUUUACCGCAGUUUAUGCUGGGGCUGCUGCAGUUUCAGCUGCUUUCAUUGCUUCUUACUCUUAUGUGUCUUGUUAUUUUUAUGAGUGCUGCAGUGAACGCUGGAUUAUCCACAACGUAACAGGUCUGAGGGCAAAUCUGGAACAGAAGUUGUAUGGACAGCAUCUUGUUGGGAAAGUGGUAGCUAACCAUAUUCAAGCACAUGUUAGGAAUAAAAAUCCACACAAGGCACUUGCACUUUCCUUCCAUGGCUCAACAGGUACAGGGAAGAAUCAUGUGAGUCGCAUUAUAGCAGAGGCCCUAUACAAGAAAGGUCUGCACAGCAAGAAUGUGCACCUUAUUUCAUCCACAAAAGAAUUUCCUCAUCAGGAAAUGCUGCCUUUGUAUAAGGACCGCCUUCGAGAUAUGAUAGAGAAGCAAGUGAAGAUAUGUGCUCAGUCUUUAUUCAUCUUUGAUGAGAUUGAUAAGAUGCCUUCAGGACUUAUUGACACUGUCAAGCCUUACUUGGAUUACCAUGAACAUCUUAAUGGAGUAAAUUAUCGCCAAGCCAUAUUUCUGUUCCUUAGCAAUGCUGGGUCCAAUGCCAUCAUAAAACACUCUCUAGAUCAUUUUCGGGAGGGGAAAAGACGUGAGGAAAUCCAGUUGGUCGACAUGGAAAACAUAUUAGCCAAGGCAGUCAUUAACACUGAUACAAAAGACUAUUUUCCAGGUGGUCUUUGGCAUAGUGAACUCAUCGCCAAGCACCUGAUCACAGCCUUUAUUCCUUUCUUGCCUCUGACUCGCAAGCAUGUGCAGGACUGUGUACGGGAUGUUCUUGUCACAAAAGGAUGCUACAGAAGACCGAAGGAGGUGUCACAAUACACCGUAGAUAAUGUCCUUAAAGAGCUUACAUUUAAUUCCGGUGAGGAGCAGCUGUUUUCCGUGACUGGAUGCAAGAGAGUUGCAGAAAAAGUUGACUUUGUUAUGCUUGACUCAUGUAAAGUAGAGUUAUAGUUUGUAGAGGAGUGAGUCUAUGACUAAUCUCUUAUUAAUUAGCAGAUCAUGUUGUACAGCUGUUUCUAAGGUACUUCAGGAAGCAUUUUUGUGUCUGUCUUCUCCUAUUUUUAGAUGAUACUUUUCCUCCCUUAAGUGUUCCUUUUUUGUUUCUCUGUAUUAAAUUAUUUCAUACAUUCAGUACCAGUAGUUUGAAGUAAGGAACAAACUUCAGCUAUAAUGAUUUAAUAAUGAUUUCCGGUGUGUAGUCAAAUGUUUUGGACCUUUAGUGUUAAAGAUUUUUGUAAUGCCUUUUCUGCAUGUAAAGGUUAUGAUAGCCUGAUCUUCAUGUCUUGAGCCUUUUUGAUUUAGUGUGUGUAAACAUCUUGGGGAAUGAAAUAUAUUAUGGAACAUGUACAGAACCAGGCAGUAGGAAACUAAUUCUCUGGGGCGAGAGCAGCUAAAAGAUAUUUCCUUUGAAGAAGCAUUUGUUGAAAGAGAAUUUACUGGGAACUUGACUGAUUGUCAAUGUGAGCAUUGAAGGAUCUUUAGGUGCUUCCAAUAGCAUCAGUUCAGAAGGGUAGGGUGUAGGAGAACUAGUGCCCAAGUUAGGCAGUGCAAUAGAAAGUUUGAGGUGAAGAGUAGAUGAGGAGGGCAAUGACUAAAUGGAAUGUCCUGGCCACUCUUUAUCUUGCUAUAUUUGCUCCCUUUCCUACCAUAUUAUGUCAGGGCUUGGCAUUGAAUGGAUAACCCUAACCCUCCCUUUAUCCUGUCCCAGGCAAACCUGAUAAAUACAAAAUCUACAGCUGCCUGGAGAGAUUGCUGCAUUAGAAUAUGGAAACACAGAUUAUAGCAUUGAUGAAGUCAUCAUCAUCAUAAUCAUUGUCAUUGUCAACAUCUUCAUCUUAUUAUGAAGAGCAAUCAUCAACUACACUAACAUUUUGAUGUUACUGAAGAUGGAUUUAUUUCCAUACAUCGGCAGAUUUUGAGAGGGUGUCUAGAGGGAAAUAUGUUAGAAUCUUCAUGAUAAUUAAAAAAAAAAUUCUGUAACUAUUCAAUGCAUUCUAUACAUAAACAAUUUAUUCUAUAACUAUUUAUAUAGCUUGAGCUAUAAAGUUCAUUCUGUAGCUAAAAAUAAAUGUGUUAAAAUCAAAUUUUUUCAUCUGAGUAGGUGUAUGCUGUGGGGGCAAUUUUUGUGAUGUUGGAUACAUUUGAAUGAUAAAGCUAUAAAAUGAACUAUAAAGCUAUAAUCAUAAUGAGGCACAAAAAACGCCAUUUAGCUGUUUCACCCUACGUGUCAGGUGAUGUAUAAGUGAAGGUCCUAAACCUUCUGGAGGGCAAAAUAACCUCUUCAUCUUAUGUUGAUCAUUGUUUAUAAUAAUUGUUCUGCCUGGUUUGUUUUAAGUGUAAAUGUUAAUUUGGUCUUAAUCUCAUUGUUUAUCAAAUAAAAUGGAUCUUAGCUAGC